AUGAAAAGAGUUAUGAGAUUUGGAAAGAAUAGCAAAUUGAGCUCAAGAUAUAUUGGGUCAUUUGAACUUGACCAGAUUGGACCGGUGGCUUAUAGAGUAGCACUUCCACUGGCACUUGUGGGAGUGCAUAAUGUAUUUCAUAUAUCCAUGUUGAGGAAAUAUGUUCCCGACCCGAUGCACAUUAUUGACUAUGAACCACCUCAGAUUCAGGAGGAUAUGACUUAUGCGGAAGAACUAGUUCAGAUUUUGGAAAGGAAAGAGCAAGUGUUACGGACUCGAACUAUUCCUUUUGUUAAAGUGUUGUGGAAGAAUCAUGUUACUAGUGAAGCUUCUUGGGCGUUGGAGGAAGAAAUGCGAGAUAAGUACCCACAACUCUUCGGUGGGAGUUUUGACAAUUUAUAA